GGGCAGUCUGCGCCUCCACCCGCAACCCCGGCCACGGGCGCUCCCUUUCUUCCACCCCCAUGGGCUGGCUUUCCUCAGGGGCUCCGGCCCUGUUGUGGCCCCAGCGCGACCCUUCUCGGGGUGCUGUCAUAGGAGCCGGGCGCGGAGUCCUGUCCCCGCCGGUGACCCUCCGGACGGCCCACCGGUGACCCUCCGGACCCGCCGCCAUGAACGGACUCCUGAUCCCCCACACGCCCAUCGCGGUGGACUUCUGGAGCCUGCGCCGGGCCGGGUCGGCGCGGCUCUUCUUCUUGUCCCACAUGCACUCGGACCACACCGUGGGUCUCACGAGCACCUGGGCCCGGCCCCUCUACUGCUCCCCAAUCACCGCCUACCUCUUACACCGUCACUUACAGGUAGCCAAACAGUGGAUCCGAGCCCUGGAGGUUGGUGAGAGCCAUGUCCUGCCUCUAGAUGAAAUUGGGCGAGAGACCAUGACUGUGACCCUCCUAGAUGCUAAUCACUGCCCUGGAGCUGUCAUGUUUCUCUUUGAAGGAUACUUUGGGAACAUCCUCUACACAGGUGAUUUUCGAUAUACACCAUCCAUGCUAAAAGAACCAGUCCUGAGAGUGGGGAAACAGAUCCACACAUUAUACCUAGACAACACCAAUUGCAACCCAGCCCUGGUUCUUCCCUCCCAACAAGAGGCAGCCCGCCAGAUCAUUGAACUCAUUCGGAAGCACCCGCAACAUCACAUAAAGAUUGGAGUUUACAGCCUGGGGAAAGAGUCACUGCUGGAGCAGCUGGCCCUGGAAUUUCGGACCUGGGUGGUAUUGAGUCCUCGGCGCCUGGAGUUGGUCCAGCUGCUGGGCCUGGCAGAUGUGUUCACCGUGGAGGAGAAGGCUGGCCGCAUCCAUGCCGUGAACCACAUGGAGAUCCGCCACUCCGCCAUGCUGCGGUGGAAUCACACCCACCCCACCAUUGCCAUCCUCCCCACGAGCCGGCAGAUCCGCGGCUCUCACCCCGAUAUCCACGUGAUCCCUUACUCCGACCACUCCUCCUACGCCGAGCUCCGUGCCUUUGUGGCAGCACUGAAGCCUGGCCGGGUGGUGCCCAUUGUCCGGCGACAGGCCUACAGGGACUACUUUCAGGACAGCCUGGGCCCCAGGCUUGCUGUUCCCUCUGUUCCAGACUCUGUGCAGCAGUACAUGAGUUCUUCCGCUAGAAAACCGACCUUCCUCUGGCUGUUGUUAGAAAGGAGGCUCAAGAGGCCCAAAACCCAGGGUGUCGAGUUUGAACCCCUUGAGGAAGAUGCUGAUCUGUCUCAAGCGGACAGCAUCUCAACAAAGGCCAAGAAGGCCAAGAAUGCAGGACAGGCUGGGGGCCUCGGGCAGCAGCCCCCCCCCUGUGCUGCGCAGCCCCAGGAGCAGUUCCCAGACCUCUGCAGCAAGGCCGCUCUUUUCUCUGAGUCCCAGGAGAUGGGUCCCCGCCCGACUGCUCCCUUGGGUGUUUCAGUGCACUUAAGGCCUCCCGAUGAAUUUAUCUCGCCGAAAACUGGGGAGGAAAUUGGUGCAGGCUCCCCCACAGUCGCCAGGGGAGCUGCUGGCUUCACAGCCACAGGGGCCCAGCACACCUGGCUGGGCCAGGAUUCUCCCCUGUCUCAGAGCAGAAGGGCCGCCCCUCUUCUCACUCCUGAGCGAAAGGGCUUGGCAUUAAAAUACCUUCUGACACCAGUGAAUUUUCCCCAGGCAAGGUUCUCUUCCAGGGGCUUUGACCAGCAAGUGGAAAAAUACCAUAAACUUUUGCCAGAGUAGACAAAAGGCUCUAGAGUGACACCCUUGUUUGAUCCAGCAUCGUAGAUUGGAAGAGAAUGGCCCGUAGGGAGAGCUAGUUUUGGGCCUUCUAUUCUGUCCUCACCAGGUCCUCAUGGACUCGCCUCCGGGCGGUGCUCGCCGAGUGUGUUUAUGGGAAUCCCAACACGUUUUCACAGUCUACAGAACACCAUGAAGGUUUGGCUAAGUCCUGCAGUAACUUAAACUAUAGCUCAGAGUUCUCCAACUUUUUUGAAAAUGGGGAUGCAGGAGAUAAUGAGCUUGAACCCAAAAGGACCCGGUCAUUCCCCCCUCAUCGCUGCUUGGUGUGCCGUGUGCCAUUCCCCACGUCCUCUCCUCCCCCUUCCUAGAUCAGAGUCCCUGGGUGCUUCUGUUUUUUUGAGUCAGCUGCUGUGGCACUUGAGAAAAUGCCGAUCCAGGCAGCACGUCCCGGUCCUGAAUGUCUGACUUGCUGUGACCCCAUCCAAGUGACUUCCUGUCUCUGCUUCUGUGAGGGAACAGGAAGCGAUGAACAGUGAAGAAAAAUUCCACCUCUGCUCCAUGAGAGUUUGCAGCAGUGUCACUGGGGACCUAUCUGGAACUGAGCCAGUGGGGGGGCGGGGGGGGUUGGGCAGCCCUCACCAAGGCGGUACCUGGAACUCAGCUGAACACUAAGCCUCCUAGCUGCCACAAGAUCCUGACUGUUUGGCUGAAAUAAAAUCACAAAAGAUCAACUGCAUUGCCAGAUAUCCCUGGUUGUUCGCAUAGCUGGGAUAUUUGCUGCUCCCCCAGCUCCCCUCCUCCUUGGAUUGAGUAGGGAGCCAGCGCACACAGCCUGUUUGUUUUAGUAUCCAGGCCAGAGAGCAGGGAGCUGGCUGGGGGGCGCAGGGAAUGCUGCCCUGGCCUGCCAGCCGCCUGAUGAAAUGCCAAGCCAAUAAGGGUGGCAGAGACCAUGGGCUUAGAGGGCCUGGGUGAAAACGACUUCAGAAUGGAGGCCUGAGCUUCAAGCCUUUCUUGUCCAGAGAAAGUUUUCUACUUCUGGCAGAUUUGAAAAGUUUAGGAAGCAAGAUAAGGGCUGGCUCUGGGGCAAGCUGUGCGCUCUGUUUUGUCCAUGGCCUUCUCCGUGAGCCUCCAGGGGCGCAGCGAUGAAGCCGUGGCGGGAGGUGGUCCUGCUCACACAGCAGAGCCCAAGCCCUGGUGUGAGAAACGCGCGAGAGACCUGCAUCCUGGCUGCUCUGGCGGGGGUUGCUGAGACGCUCAAUGCCAGCUACACGGUGUGUGUCUCAAACGUGGCUUCUCUUGGCCCCUCUUUUUAAGAAGUCCUGUAUCAAAAAUGAGAAACUUCGAACCUUAUGAAACUGCAAAGGAAAAGAUCAAUUCUGACUCCUUCAUGGAGCUCAAUUGUUCUAGUCUCUUUUUUCUGGCUCUUGGGCAAGCUGUGGGCACCUCUGUUUUGUCAGUGACGCUCACUGCGAGCCUCCUGUGGGCCUCCAGAAGCACAGCAGGUGAAGCCAGUGGCGAGCACUCCCGCAUGCAAAUUUAAAUACAUGUUAUUUUUUUUCAAAAUCCAGGUAGUGCUGUGUAUAGUUCUAUGUCCUGCGUUUUACUUUCUUAGUAUAUUAUUUCCUGUCGUUAAAUGCUACUUAAAGCGUUAUUGUUAAUAGUUGUAUA